GUUCCACCCGUUCUGCUGUCAAGCUCCGCCUGCGUCGUCUCGCCGCCUUCCAUUCGAGCGCCCCCUUUUUAGUUCGCAUUACCCCACAAAAGGGUAAAGAAAUUCCCCAACCCCUCACGCUUUUCUGUUCCGCCACCUCUAAAUCCGACUAAUCGAGGCGACUUCUUGGAGAGGCUGGUAUUGAUUCGGGUGAUUUUUCUGUGAUUCUUUUUGGCUGGAUUGGAGCGUGGGAUAAGAUGGACGAAUUCGAGCUGGAGGAUAACCUAGAGUUCAUGCUCCAGAGCAUCCAGGAGCUCAUAGAGGAUCAGGGGGACAACAAUCCCUUCGGCGAGGUCAACCAGAAUGAGCUCCUCGCCAACCUCGUCAACUAUGACCAGGAUAACUUGAUGCCGGAUGUGUCCGUGGAGGACGUAGUGAACGGGAAGGACGUGCAGGGGAUCCCGUGGGAAAAGAUGCUGUUCCCGAGGGAUCUGUACCGGGAGAUGAAGAUGAAGGGCUACAAGAACUAUCAAAACCUCAGUUACGCCCGGGAGGAUGCUUUGCAGGAUUGCAAACAAGUUGAGAGGGACAGCCCUUACUAUGAUUUUCAGUACAACACAAGGCGUGCACGGCCGUCAAUUGUGCAUUUUCAGUUGAGGAAUUUGGUCUGGGCAACAACCAAGCAUGACGUUUAUACAGUACACAAUCAAUCAAUGACACAUUGGUCAUCACUGAACCAGAUAAGCACUGAACUAAUCAAUGGUGAUGAUUGCAUUAUACCAAAACAGAGAGGGCAUGGUUCACAAUCUGUCUCAAUGGUCCAGUUCACAACUAUGGCGGUAGAUAAUGAUUUAAUGGUAGUUGGUGGUUUCCAUGGAGAGCUUAUAUGCAAGUGCCUGGAGGAUGAUGGGAUUGUUUUCAGCACGAGAGUUACAGAUGAUGAGAAUGCUAUAACCAACUCUUUAGAGAUAUACCAGGAUCCCAAUGGAUCACGACGGUUGGUGGCUGCUAAUAAUGACUGUUCUGUCAGAAUUUUUGAUACCAAGUACUUUGACCUACUUAACCGCUAUGUUUUCCCAUGGUCUGUGAAUAGUGUUUCGGUGAACCCUGAUGGAACACUUUUUGCUGUCCUUGGUGAUCACGAGGAUGGCUUGGUAGUGGAUCCCAAGAGUGGCAAGCCGAUUGGUAAAGUUAGAGGCCAUCUGGAUUACUCAUUCUCAUCUGCGUGGCACCCAGAUGGCUAUAUAUUGGCUACCGGGAGUCAAGACACGACGUGCCGGCUGUGGGACAUUAGAAACCUAUCACAAUCCUUAGCUGUCCUUGGUGGAAGGCUCGGUUCGAUACGUUGUAUCAAAUUCUCUUCAGAUGGUCGCUUUUUGGCAACAGCCGAGCCUAUAGAUUUCGUUCAUAUCUACGAUUGUUUUGCCGAUUAUGGUAAAUCUUAUGAGAUUGACUUUUUUGGUGAAAUAGCUGGUUUGUCAUUCAGCCCAGACACGGAGGCCUUCUAUAUUGGGGUAGCAGAUCAAACAUAUGGAGGCCUCAUGGAGUUCAAGAGGAGGCAGCAGCAUCAUUACUUGAACUACCUGUGGUGAUGCCUUUUGGUUAGCACAGUUUGCUUUUGCAGUUCCUUUAGACGCGAUUGAUUGAUCGUUUGGCGCUGUGCUGCAAAAACUGCAUGGUUUUAGUCAAGGCAACCGAUUGAGGAACUCAUUGGACCAACGUGAUUAGUGAUUUGCUGCCGCAGCUGAAGCUCACUCCAGAUAAAUGAGCUGGAUCUGUAUAAAUUUCUGUUCUGUCUUGUUGCUGUCUAGGAACCAAUGAGGAUUAUACUCUUUCCGUCUUAAAAUAAGUGUCUCAACGUUAUACUAGUUCUAGUAUAAAGUUAUAUUAAGCUUGAGACACUUAUUUUAGGACGGAGGGAGUAAUAGUUAGUGUGUAGUCUUCUAUUCCAUUUUAUCAAAUCAAUGUACAUAUUUGGUGCUUUA